GAGCGCAUCCGGCUGCUGCAGAGAGGAACCACACGCUCCACGAUGCAACCCUAAAGCGACUUACCGCCCGGGAAAAGUGGACGAAGCACUGGGGGGCUUUCCUGGACCCCAGCAACAACAUGCAGGAGAACUAUGAGAACGUGAUCUCCCUGGCGGAGGAAAUUGCAAUCAGCUGGCCCCGGAUAACUGCUUUUGCUGAAUCUCACAGGAGGAGAGGACUGGCGCCUGUUUCCUUUCCCAGACCUCAGGAGUUACUGGAUUCUCUCGUUGUUCCAGCAGAUGAUGGGAUGGUGAGCGACAAUGAGAAUGGGAAUGAAGUGGAGGAGGAGGAGGAGAAGGAGGUGAUACACCAGGAGGAUGGAGGAGGUGGAGGAGGAGAUAGUGGAGGGGACGUUACAAGUGAGAAGGCGGAUGCCCAACAGGAUCCACCACUAGAGAACUCCAAGGAGGCUCCUGAUCAUGAGCUAAACACCAGUGGUGGAGAGCCAGACCAGCCAGUUUUGGAUGAGCAGCCAAAAAAGCCCCUGGGGAAGAGGCAGGCCAAGGCGGUCACCCACCGCAGCUUCAAGAAGUUAUCCCCACGCAGCCACCACGGGCUGCUAAGCCACGCCAGCUGGUGCCAUGAUUGCGGCAAGGGCUUUGGCUUUGCCAGGCGCCCCCGGCUACAUGGUGGCACUGGCCUGGAGAAGCCCUACAAGUGCAACGAGUGCGGCAAGUGCUUCCGGCUCAGCUCCACCCUGGUGACCCACCAGCGGCGCCACACCAGCACCAAGCCCUACCGCUGUGCAGAGUGCGGCAAGAGCUUCAGUGUUGGCUCAGCCUUCAUCCAGCACCAGCGCACCCACGUGGGCAAGAGGAGCGGUGCCAGCCCGCCUCGGCCCUGUGAGUGUAACAUUUGCGGCAAGAGUUUUGGCCUCCCAACCAACCUCAUCAAGCACCAAAAACAGCACCUGGAAGAAAAGCCUUACAAGUGCGAGGAAUGCGGCAAGGGCUUCAACUGGAACUCUCACCUGGAGCGUCAUCGGCGCAUCCACACUGGCGAGAAGCCUUACAUCUGUGAAGACUGCGGCCGAGCUUUUGCCUGGAGUUCUCACCUGGACCGCCACCGGCGCACACACUUUGGCAGCAUCCAGGCAACCGCUCCUUGCAAGUACUGCUUGGCGGUGGUGGCCACACCAAUUAGCAAAGCCAGCUCCAAACCCUACCAGUGCAACGAGUGUGGCAAAGGGUUCAACAAGAAUGCGGCACUGUCCAAGCACCGCCGUGCCCAUCACGCUGCAGAGAAACCCUACGUUUGCAAAGACUGUGGCAAGAGCUUUGGAUUGAACGGCGCCUUGCUACAGCACCGGCGGACACGCCACCCAGACGAUUCAGCCAAGCCUUACACCUGCAGUGACUGUGGCAAAAGCUUCGCCUGGAGCUCCCACUUGGACCGACACCGCCGCAUCCAUGCCGGUGACAAGCCCUACCACUGCGACAACUGCGGCAAGGGUUUCUCCCAGAGCUCCCACUUAGAGCGGCACCAGCGAGUGCACAGGAGUGCCGAGUGCCCGCCCUGCCGCUGCAUGGACUGUGGCUUUGUGGGGACCCGGCAGAAGCGCCGCCGUGGCACCUUGCUGCCCUGCAAGUGCAGCGACUGCGGUAAGAGUUUCUUGUGGUGGCGCCCAGCCUGCAGCGAGUGUGGGAGGGGUGGGGGGGAGGGUGUGCGCCACCAAGGCACUCAGACUGGCGAGAAGCCCUACUCCUGCAUAGACUGUGGCAAGUGCUUUGCCCAGAACUCUGCGCUGGCCAAGCACCGGCGCAUGCACACUGGGGAGAAGCCCUACAAAUGCAACGAGUGUGGCAAAUGCUUUGGCAUGCGCUCCAACCUUCUGAAGCACCAGCGCACCCACCUGGGCGAGAAGCCCUACAAGUGUGGGGACUGCGGCAAGGGCUUCAUCCAGAAGUCGGACCUCACCAAGCACCGGCGCAUGCACACUGGGGAGAAGCCAUACCGCUGUGAUGCCUGCGGCAAGUGCUUCAGUGUCAGCUCCAACCUCAUCAAGCACCAGCGCAUCCACCUGGGCGAGAAGCCCUACGCUUGCGGGGAAUGUGACAAGGCCUUCAUCCAGCGCUCAGAGCUCACCAUCCACCAGCGCACCCACACCGGAGAGAAGCCCUACAAGUGCGGCAUCUGCGGCAAAUGCUUCAGCCGCAGCUCCCACCUCAACCGCCACCAGCGCACCCACAGCACUGACAAGGCCUCUGCCGGUGCUGGGACCGCCCACGGCAUGUUGCAGGCUGCCAGUGCUGCCAAACCUGCCGUUUCUCUUCCCUCCUCAGCCUUCUCGGCCUCCUUUGCGUCACCUGGACCCCUCCCCACGCUGCCUUCCUUUCCUUCUUCCCCAUCGCCACUGCCCAUCCCUUCUUUGGAGCUGCCCUGGGCCCUGCCUUUCCCAUCCAGAGGCUUUCCUCACCCGCCCUUCCCUUCUCCCACCCCUUCUGGGGGCCAGGCCUCUUCGCUGAUUAACUAGCCUCUCCCACUUCCCUCCCCAUUCCCCACAUCAACCUUCCCCAUCCUGAGGCCCUCCACAAGUUGUUGGACUCCAACUCCCAUCACCCCCAGAGCCAGCACGGCCAAUGGGCAGGGAUGAUGGGAGUUGUAGUCCAGCAAUACCUGGAGGGCCCCAGGAUAGGGAAGGCUACUCUACGCAAUCUUUGUUCUGCCUUUCCCCACCUCCUUGCUUCAAAGUAACACUUUUCUUCUGUGGAGGCGGCAUGAUGCAGAACAUGGGCUUCACGGGUUGCUGUUCCUGCUCGCUCUUCCCUCUGAUUGGGCCCCGCAGCCUCCUCCCUCCUGCCUUCCUGCCCUGCUUGUGGGCUUCCCAGAAGCGCCUGAUGGGCCACUGUGGGAUGCUGGACUAGAUGGACUUUUGGUCUGAUCCAGCUUCACAGCUUGUCUUUUGCUUCUCACCAAGGUACCUCCAGGCUCCAGGGGUUUGGUUCAGCAACCAGCCAUAUUCUGUUCCAUCUUUUUCUCCUCAUUCCUCCUUCUCAGCAGCCCCCUCUUCUUGUCAUGCUUCUGGUGUGUCAUGCCCUUCCUUGGCAGGAGACAUUCUGGCUCUUUUGGUUCUUACUCCCUCACAGUCCCACCCCUCCAAUAUCCUUCCAUUUCCUUUUCUUUAGUCAACAUUUGCCUGUGAAUUACCCAUUCCUGUGCCACCUCCUGUCUAGAGCUCAUUUUUCUCAUCUGCUUUGCAAGGCUGAAUUAAUUUUCCAAGUUGUGUGCAUUUUAUUCAUGCACACACACAUACACCUAUCACACACAGAGACACGUGCACACACAUCACACAGAGUCUGGUACCUUUAUUUAUUUAUUUAUUACAUUUAUAUACCGGCCCAUAGCCAAAGCUCUCUGGGCGGUUUACAGCAAUUAAAAACAUUAAAAACAAAUAUACAAAUUUAAAAACACAUUCUUUAAAAAACAGUUUAAAAACACACGCUAAAAUGCCUGGGAGAAGAGGAAAGUCUUGACCUGGCACCGAAAAGAUAACAGUGUUGGCGCCAAGCGCACCUCGUCAAACAAAUCAUUCCAUAAUUUGGGGGCCACCACUGAGAAGGCCCUCUCCCUUGUUGCCACCCUCCCUCGGAGUAGGCAACCGGAAGAGGGCCUUGGAUGUUGAGUGUAGUGUACCUGACACUGACCUUGCAUUCCUGCAAAUCUCUUGCUUUCAUUCUUUGAAUACUGUCAAUAUUCUGUCCAUUGUGGUUUCGGGGGAAGGGCUGUAGCUCAGUGGCUGAGCAUCUGCUUUGCAUGCAGAAGGUUGCAGGUUGAAUCCCUGGCUUCUCGACGUAAGGCUGGGAGAGAUUCCUGCCUGAAACCCUGGAUAGCCACUGCCAAUCAGUUUAAACAGUACUGAGCUAGAUGGACCAAUGGGUCUGACUCAAUGGAAGGCAGCUUCCCAUGUUCCGAAACCAUAAAGGCAGCAUCUGCUAUUUGUUCCAGUGCUUCUGGGGAACAGAGAUUCUGUGCCUGCCGUUGCCCCUGGCCAUUUCCCCCAUGACCUCCAUUGUUGUUUCCCUACCACUCAGCCUUACCCUCUGCCUGCCAAGUUUUGUUCAGGGUCAAGAAAGAGAGUGUGCCAACUGAACAAGUUUAUGCAAAAUAUGAACAUACUCAUUUUUUGAGUGCAGAAUUUGGAUCUUCUUGCUGCAGAACUUUUAACGCAUGGUUAAUUGCAGAUGCAGGCCAGGCCUUUCCCCACCUCCUUGCUUCAAAGUAACACUUUUCUUCUGUGGAGGCGGCAUGAUGCAGAACAUGGGCUUCACGGGUUGCUGUUCCUGCUCGCUCUUCCCUCUGAUUGGGCCCCGCAGCCUCCUCCCUCCUGCCUUCCUGCCCUGCUUGUGGGCUUCCCAGAAGCGCCUGAUGGGCCACUGUGGGAUGCUGGACUAGAUGGACUUUUGGUCUGAUCCAGCUUCACAGCUUGUCUUUUGCUUCUCACCAAGGUACCUCCAGGCUCCAGUCCUGCAAUAUUCUUAGGCCACAUCUGCACUAUGCGUUUAAAGUACUGUGAUCCCACUUUCAACAGCCAUGGCUUCCCCCAAGAAUCCUGUUGUCUGUGAAGGAUGCUGAGAGUUGAUAGGAAAUCCCUAUUCCCCCUCACAGUCCUACAAUUCCCAGGGUUCCUUGAGAAGAGGGAUUGAUUGUUAAACCACUUGGGGACUUGUUAAACCAGUCCUGGGAAACGACAUGGCUGGCUUGCUGGAACAAUGUGUGCAGCCUACUUGCAUUUUUAAUAGAGGGAUGUGGAACUGGUGGGCCUCCAGAUGUUGCUAGACUACAACUCCCAUCAUGCCUGACCAUUGGUUAUGCUGCCUGGGGCUGAUGGGAGCUGGAAUCCAACAACAUCUGGAGGGCUGCACAGGUUACCCAACCCUGGUCUAAACAUGCAGUUGACAGUGUGACACAAAGUAAGGACAUAAGGGCCUUGCUGGAUCAGACCAAAGGUCUAUCUAGUCCAGCACCCUCUUCCUCACAGUGGGCAACCAGAUGCCUCCUGGGAAGCCCACAAGCAAGGCACGAGAAGAACAGACUUCUCUGCUGUUGAACCUCUUCCCUACAAUCGUCUCUGAUGAAAGAAGUACCAUUUAGCCUCCAUGGCUAAUAGCGGCUGUCAGACUGCUGGCUUCUUACGAAUUUCCCUAAUCCUUGUGUAAAGCCAUUUAAGCCAGGGUCUGUCACCACAUUGUGUCACAAUGAAUUCCAUUGCCUUAUUUUUACUUGUGUGUUGUUUUCCUGUUCCUGAAUCUAGUGCCAUCAGUUUUGUUGUGUGACCAUCCUCCAUUUCAUUGAUGCCCUGGGCUCCUUUGGGAGGAAAUAAUAAACAUUAUUUAAUUUAUUUAAUUUUAAUUAAUUAAUUAAUAAUGAAUUCCAGUGUUGUGAUAAAGGGAGAAAUUUUAUAUCACUAUUCACUUUCUCCACACCAUGCAGACUCUUAUAUACUGUACCUCUAUCAUAUCCUUCCCCCACGUAAUCUUUUUCCUAAACAAAAAAACCAACAAGCCCAAUUCUUCACCUUUUACUUGUAGGGGAAAGUGUUGAUCAUUUUCAAGUAAGUCAAAACAGCUCUGAUAGUUCCAUAGGGUCAAAGUGAUGCCUCUCCCAAUGAACAUUGGCAAAAUUCACUUGAAAAUACAGAUUUCCCUACAGUCUUGAAAGCAUAUGUUCAUAA